AAAUGAGCCAAGAGGUGAAUGCUGAUUGGUUGUUCCAGAAGGAACGUGGCUCGGCGACAACCCUGCACGUCAACAUCACCUUGUCAAACUAGAAGGCAGUAUGUGUUGCACAACAGGAAGUGAGUUUGAAAGUCAAGCGGAAGUAGCGCGCUCACACCGGCGUGAAUGUAACCUGACUUCGUCGCUAUUGUGAAGUUUAAAGCAGUCUUCACAGGUAAACAUGGCGCCAUGCAUGGUGGACAUGAUGAUGAUGUUGAUGAUGUUGAUGGUCGUCUUCAUCUGCUGCUGCCAGGCGAAGCGGGACCAAACGCUCUACUGCUCAGCAUGCCGUGCGGUUGUGGAUGAAUUAAAGCACUCCAUCAGCCAAGUGGACCCCAAGAAGACCAUCAACGUUGGCAGCUUCAGACUCCAGCCAGAUGGAUCCAUGACGGACAAGAAGGUGCCCCUCGCUCGCUCCCACACUCACCUGAGCGAACUCCUGGACGGGGUGUGCGACUCCAUGAGUGACUACGCGCUGCACGUGGACCCGGACACCCGGCAGAGACGCUACCUUCGCUUUGCACCCAGGAGCAGCGGGGCCCCCGGGGCCUUUCCCGACCUGAAGAACUUCCACUUCGAUGGCCCUGAGGCCCCCAAUGCCCUGAAGUUCGCAUGUGAGAGCGUGGUGGAGGAGCUGGAGGAUGACAUCAUCGCUCUGUUCAGCCAGGAAGAGGAGGAGGCACACACACAAUUAUGCAAGAAUGUCUCAGACUAUUGUAGAGGCAGCAGUCACACACAUGAAGACUUGUAGUCUCACUUUGCUCUU